UAUAUAAAAGUCUUGGAAAAUUUUAAAAAUUUGACAUGUCGUCGUCGGCGUCGUCGAACAAUGUGGAAGCAAUAUUUCAGCGUUUGAUGAAAUUGCCAGGCAUUAUAGGCGCUAUAUUGGUGGAUAGUAAUGGCAACCCAGUAAAGACGUCGCUCGAUGCCUCAGUCAGUAUGCUCUAUGCUGGCCGAAUGGGCCAACUUAUUCACAUGGCGCGCAGUAUGGUGAGGGAUAUAGAUUCUGGAAAUGAUCUCGGCUAUAUACGAUUACGCACACAGAAGCACGAGAUAUUGGUGGCUCAAGAGGGCAACUAUAUGGUGAUUGUGGUGCAGUGUUCAGAAGUGCUGGAUGAAGCGCGACGUUCGAUAACUAGUAGGGCUGUGGCUGCAAACGUAUCGCCCGCGAGACAUUAACAUUAGUCGAAAUGCGAUCUGGCGUGCCAACACUUGCCGAAGCUCCCACAACCUCCCACACACUCACACUUUUCAGCACUCUUUAGUACACCCUGAGGGGGACGGAUUUGCCAGAUUGUGCCGUGUGUUUUUCAAGUGUCGCUUUUGGAUUUUCAUGCACCAACUGCCGACGGCAGUCAAAUGCAGUGAAGCCAAAAUGGCAUAAGGACGCGCGCCAGAGCCGCAGUUGCUGCCAUUCAACAGCUAUAGCAGCUACAGCAACUACAACAACUAUAACAACUGCGCGUUGCAGCCAACAAGUAAGAAAACUAAAACUGCUCGUUCAAAAAGUGCGCAGCGUCGUGCAGGCGACAUAAACAAAAUGACAUAAACAAGGGGCAUGUUGCGAGGAGGAGAUGCCGACGACAACGACGACGACGACGACUGAAAGUCCUUGCACGAGCGCGCAAAUUCCCAGCGCACACCGCAUCGCACUAACAAAAAAUUGCGAAAAAAGAGCAAAAUAUAAAAAAAACGCAAAAAUAAAA